GUAUCUAUUUCUGCUCCUCUCAGUAUUAGACAAGCUCCCCCUUUGUGCUGCAUAGAAGCCCGCAUCCGUGUGAGCGGGUGGAGGAGGAGGAGGUGGUGCUGCCUGGUGGAAGGGAGGCUGUGGGUGCUGCCAGGACUGGGCUCAUCGCGCCGCUGGCUGCAUGUUGACGCGCAUCUCCGCUCAGUCUCGUGAUUUCAUCGCCGGCAGCCCGAGGACCGAGCAGCGGAGGACGGGGAGCGCACCGAGCCGCGGCAUCUCCACCAUGCAGCCGCUGACCGCCGACCGUCCAUCUUCCACGCGACUGUGCCCGUCGAUGCGCCCCGGUUCGCCAGCGACCAUGAAAACAUAAGGCCGACGCUGCAGCUUCAUACCGGGAAUGACAAGGCUCCCAAGAUGGUCCGCAUCGCCAAGGCCCUGGGUUUGAUCAUCCUGAGCGUCGUUGUGCUCAUCCUGUCGCUCAUCAGCUACGUGUCUCUGAGAAAAGACAGCCUCUUCGGCUCCAACAAAUACCCGGGGGGCCCGCGGAUUAUGUUCCACGCAGGCUUUCGGUCUCAGUUUGCCAUGAAUUUCCUGGACCCGUCUUUCAUCCCACUGACAAAUGCCUUGAAUGAGGAACUCCAAGGAAAACCAUACAAGUGGAAGUUCAACCGGACAGCAUAUUACCAGCAGAAGAAAGAAAUCUUCAACUACAUCGACAUUCCCAAGAACUUCUCCCUAACUAAGAACAGUGUACGCGUGGGCCAGCUGAUGCACUUUGACUACUCCAGCCACAAGUAUGUCUUCUCCAUCAGUAACAACUUCAAGUCCUUACUCCCUGAGACCUCCCCCAUCCUCAACAAGCACUACAGCACGUGUGCUGUGGUGGGAAACAGCGGCAUCCUGACUGGGAGCCACUGCGGUCCCGAGAUUGACCAAGCUGACUUCGUCUUCCGCUGCAACUUCGCUCCCACGGAGGUCUACUCCAAAGACGUGGGCAAAAAGACCAACCUGACUACGUUUAACCCCAGCAUCUUGGAGAGAUACUACAACAACCUGCUGACCAUUCAAGACAGGAAUAACUUCUUCCUCAACCUGAAGAAGCUAGAGGGAGCCAUCCUCUGGAUCCCUGCCUUCUUUCUUCACACCUCUGCCACAGUAACCCGAACCCUGGUGGACUUCUUUGUGGAGCACAAGGGCCAACUGAAGGUUGAAUUGGCCUGGCCAGGAAACAUCAUGCAUGACGUCAACAAAUACUGGAAAACUAAGAACCUCUCUCCCAAACGUCUGAGCACGGGGAUCCUUAUGUACACCCUGGCCUACGCCAUGUGUGACGAAAUCCACCUCUACGGCUUCUGGCCCUUCGGAUGGGAUCCCAACACAGGCAAGGAGUUGCCUUACCAUUACUAUGACAAGAAAGGGACCAAAUUCACCACAAAGUGGCAGGAGACGCACCAGCUGCCCAGCGAAUUCAAACUGCUCUAUAAGCUUCACAGGGAAGGCGUGACCAAACUCAGCCUAACACACUGCACAUAGAUGUACGAGUGCCAGAUUGUUCCACGCAUCACUCCGGAAACCACGAUACACAAACCUCAUCAUCAACCCGUCUCCAACAUUAGUUAUCUGAUACAUAAGCAUGAUGGAUGGCAAUUGAUUUUAAAUCUGCAGACAGACCCACGCGACUAUUUAAUUUAACUUGACAAUUUCCGUCUUUCUGGGUGUGUAAUUUACACAAAUGUUUAAUAUGUUGUUGUGUUAAGUAGAACUGUCAUGCUUUUAUGAUUGUCUUUUGCAUGACUGCUGACUAUAGCGCCGCCAUUUGGCAAGAACAAACAUCCCUUUUCAGCUGUAAAGUUAAAUCGUCCAGUUCCGAUUAAUGCAAAUGAUUCACCUUUACAACAGUGUGCUGACUGAUUACACUGAAAUCACUGCCUAAUCUCAGGGAUGGAGUUAGAUCAGUGUUGUUUCUAAUCAGAUUUUAUGCCUCAAGAGUGGUACAGUUCUUCUUUUUCAGGAUUUUAUCCCCAUGAUUUGUCAGACAAUCUGCACUGCUCUUUAAGAUGGUAUUGUUU